CAUUCCUAUUGCUCACGUGACCCAAACCUGUUUGCGUCCCUCCUCUCAGUAUAAAUUGCAGAAUUCCUCAAACUGCUGAGGGUAGUUUGUAGAUCAGUAAGUAACAGUUGGAGGCGUUAAAGCAUCGGGCAAAAUGGUCUGCCAUAUCGAAAACUUGGCUGAUUUUCAGGCCAAACUGAAAGAGGCUGGAGACAAAUUAGUUCUGAUUGACUUCUUUGCAGACUGGUGUGGGCCUUGUAAGCAAAUUGCACCAAAAUUUGAGGCACUUUCCAAGCAGCAUACUAAUGUGAUCUUCUAUAAAGUAAAUGUGGAGGAGGCUGAGGACGUGGCUACAGAAUGUCAAAUCAGUGCCAUGCCAACAUUCCAUUUUUAUAAGAAUGGAAAGAAGGUAACUGAAGUUGUUGGAGCAAAUGUGGACCAGCUGGAGAAAAAUAUCAAAGAAUUACAGUGAUCCUUUAAUGUCCCAUCUUAAAUUUCUCAUCUUUCUGAAACUGAAUAGGAGUAAAAUGCAAAUUAAGUGAUUCAAUAUUUGUCAAAUCAAAUGUGGUGUAAAAGAUGGUGGGUUUUUGUGAACUGUGGAAUAAUUGUACUAAAUUUUAUAUAGGCACAUCCUCAAAGCUUUGAUCACAUGCCUUUUGUCUACAGGGAUGAGGGGAAAGCAGCAGAUUUCUGUAUUGCCACUUGCUAAUGACAAACACAAUGAGAUUUUCUCCACUCACAAUUUACAGCGAAGCAGGAAAUCCUUUUGGGAAUGCAAAUAGAAUUUUCCAGGAAAUGCUCAACAGUGAGGUGAUGCAGUCUUCAAACUGUCUUUUCCAAACUGAGUUCAAUUAGACUAGAUCAUCCUUGCUUCUGAUUGGUGGGUGCUUUUCAAUGACUGCUACCUUAGCCCUCAAUGCAGCCAUCUUCAUCUCAUGGUUUCUGAUCAGCUGCUGCUCUUCAGAACUGCUCAACCACAGGGUAGCUGGGCCAUCUUUCAGUGAUGUAGAACAUACAGUUAACAUCUCUUUCUCCUUUUCCCUUUUUUGAUUUUGGCUGUUCCUAUCUGUCAAAGCUCAGCAAUUGUCACUAACUGCAAAUAGAGGGAACUGAGUUUCAGAGCGUCUUUCUGAUUUUCAGGGAAGAUCUUGGUCAGGUUCAGAUUUAUGGUUGAGGACUUUUCUAACCCUCUCGAAAUUGUGAAUUUCAUUCCUCUGGGAAGUGUCACAUCCAUCCAUUUCAUGCAGUUGUAUGGUUCCUAUGUCUGUUGUAUACUCAAGCGCAUCUUCUAGGGAAUAGACUGUUUUGGUUUCCCUGUUACUGUCUCUGGCUCUUACUAUUUUCUUCUUUGGUUUGACAUCUUUUUCUUGUGAUUAAUUUUCAAGAAGCUCUGCAGUUUGAUCCAUAUGCAGGGCCUACUUUGUGUGCUUUUUGAUAUAUCUGGCACAUGUUUCUUUGUCUGGUGUACUUUUUGUUGCCUUUUCACUGCAUCAACCCUGCUGCCUUUCUACUGACCUAAGCUGAAAGCUAGCCAUUUGGAUAGGGUCUUCACCUCUCUACUCAAGGCUUCAUGUACUCUGGCAGUGUCUACAGACUGUUAUAUUGGGUGUGAUUUCCGAUCAAUUCUAUUGGUACUUCAGGGUUUGCAGAAUUGCAAAUAAGCUGUUCUAGCAGCCUUUCACCUGUGUCCUUAAAUUUAUUUUCUGGCUGCAUUUUUCAGUCCUGUUAUGAAAUUGUCAACAGGCCCACCUGGUUCCUGUGUCAGGCCUUGAAAUUCAUAGCAAUUGAUCCAAUGAUUUGACUUUUUGCUGGAGUUGUACUAAAUUUUUGAAAUUAUUUAUUUUGCCUGGGUUUCUGCUGUCAUCUUCACUCUGCUCCCAACAAUUAAGCAAAUCUUUCCUGAUAUCAGAAGGAUGUAACUAACACUUCUUCACUAGUACAAUUUAGAAAGCUACUAAAUGUUACUGUACUCCACCCUUCUGUUAAAGCUUCGUGAUGAAAUCAGCCUCCUAAUUCACUGAGCUGGAGCUAUGAUUGCUGCAGUGGUUAUUUUUAACAUGAUUCACUCAGCCUUUUUUUCUCUCUGGCUCUAAUUGGGUUAAUUCUAAUUGAAUUCAUUUUAAAUGUUUUUGUUCACCUGUCACCAUGUUACAUCUUUCCACGAGUUUGAAAUAAUCAUAUUUAAAAGUU